AGAGCUGCAAUUGCUCUGCUUCUAAUUUUGUUUCUAGACAACAGCACAAAAGAGGACUGCAGAGAGCAGAGAAGAAGCAAAAUGGAGAAAACGAGGUACAAGAGGCUAUCUGGAAGUCAAAACCUAAGACAACAGCUGGUAUUGUCUACAUUCACCUUCACGCCCAUUCAAAUUCACGACAUACGAACCAACGAGACAUGGCCUGGUCUCCGCAAGUACGAGGUCUCCCUCCUCAAGUUGCUCGCUUUGGUCUGCCAUGGCUGUUCUUUCGAAAUCAACGACACUGGCACUGGAUUUAAGUUCAAGCCAGGGAUAGUGAUGGGUGGGUCGAAACUGGAACACGACUGUGGUUUUGAGCGGUCUAUUGGGUAUUUCUUGGAGCCCUUGAUUUUGAUUGGCCUCUUUGCCAAGAAACCCAUUACCAUUACGCUUAAAGGACUUACAAAUGAUUCCAAGGACCCAUCUAUUGAUACCUUCCGGUCUACUACCUUUCCCAUUUUAAAACGCUUUGGAGUUCCCUCAGAAGGAUUGGAGCUGGAAAUAAAGAGUC